CUUUUGGUUGGUCCGUUCUCAUCUCCACGACCUUUCAACCCUCGUCAACCUCAGCAGCUAGUUAGUUGUAAACACCGAAUAAGGGACGCAUUUAACUAACUUAACUGCCCUUGAACUUUGUGACAGAGAUGUGACACGAAUGGAGACACAUGAGCAGAAAGAUGCGGGUUGUUAAGUGAACGUACGAGCUUGUUUUGGUGACUCCACCUACCGUCUCUCCAAUCAUGGUGGGGAUUUUUCAAAGAACACUCAAGCUGAGGGCAGCUCUCAGACAUCUGAGCCUCCACAGCUCCUUCUCAUCUACAGCCAUAGCGAGACAUUCACCUGUAGACACCCCUUCACUGCAGUUUAGAGUCUGCCAUCGAAAGCUGCACACUGGAGAAGAGAUAUCCAAACUGUCCCCUUCCGCAGCACCGGACAGGCUGCCUUUCUCAAGAAUAACUCAGCAAGAUUUGGCCUUCUUCAGGAGGAUCCUACCAGACAGAGUCGUCACUGAUCCAGACCUACUGGAGUCAAGUAAUGUGGAUUGGCUCAAGUCAGUGAGAGGCUCCAGUGAAGUGUUGCUAAGACCUCAAACAACAGAGGAAGUUUCUCAAAUUCUCAGGUAUUGUAACAGUCGCAAUUUGGCAGUGAACCCUCAAGGAGGAAACACUGGGCUGGUUGGAGGUAGUGUGCCUGUUUAUGAUGAGAUCGUCCUCUCCACUGCCCUUAUGAACAACAUUCUUACCUUUGAUGGUAUCUCUGGCAUUCUGACCUGUCAGGCUGGUUGUGUCUUGGACAACUUGUCCCUUUACCUGGAGGAGAGAGACUAUAUUAUGCCACUUGAUCUGGGGGCAAAAGGCAGCUGCCACAUUGGGGGUAACGUAGCAACUAAUGCAGGUGGACUCCGGCUGCUGCGAUACGGCUCCUUGCAUGGGACUGUGCUGGGUUUGGAAGUGGUGUUGGCAGAUGGACGAGUGCUGGACUGCUUGACCACGCUGCGGAAAGAUAAUACAGGAUAUGACCUCAAACAGCUCUUCAUAGGGUCUGAGGGCACACUGGGGGUCAUCACUGCAGUGUCCAUCCUUUGUCCUCGCAAACCCAAAUCUGUUAAUGUGGUUUUUCUGGGUUGUGAGAACUUUGAGCAGCUGCUGAAGACGUUUCAACUCUGCAGAGGCAUGCUGGGAGAAAUUCUGUCAGCCUUCGAGUUUCUGGACAGUGAAUGCAUGAGGUUGCUGAAUACACACCUCAAACUACCCAAUCCCAUCUCCGAAUGUCCAUUCUACAUUGUUAUUGAAACCUCUGGAUCCAACCCCACACAUGAUGAAGAGAAACUCCACAAUUUCUUGGAGGAGGCCAUGACCUCAUCAUUGGUUACUGAUGGGACUGUGGCAACAGAAGCCUCAAAAAUAAAGGCUCUGUGGUCGAUGCGUGAACGCGUCACAGAGGCGCUGACUCACGAAGGCUUCACUUACAAGUAUGACAUCUCACUUCCGGUGGAGCGGAUCUAUCAGCUUGUGACAGACAUGAGGGAGCACCUUGGGGCCCGGGCCAAGAGUGUGGUGGGAUAUGGACACGUAGGAGAUGGAAACCUCCACCUGAACGUCACUUCUCCUGCCAAAGACCCCGCUCUCCUCGCUGCCAUUGAGCCCUUUGUCUAUGAGUGGACCGCCAGCUGUCAUGGCAGCAUCAGCGCAGAGCAUGGACUGGGCCUGAAGAAGAGGAACUACAUCUACUACAGUAAACCCAGCCAGGUUGUGGCUCUCAUGGCUAACAUUAAAGCCAUGCUGGACCCAAAUGGCAUACUCAAUCCAUACAAGACUUUACCAGAUGACCUGAAAUGACUGACUCAUUGCUGUAUCGAGUCUUGUUGCCACAUGUUUUUAUGGUAGGUCAUGCCCUUUCCUGUGAUACCUUUCUCACACAUUUAGUGCAGAGUUGCAGGUUUCGCAGCCAUUUCCCAGGCAAGCUGCAAACACUAGCAUGUCCCCAAAAGUGUAGUUUCACUGUCGUCUGCACAAAGCAGCAAAACUUUCAGAAUGAGAUCCACUUCAACAAGCUUGUUAUUGUAGCAAUCUCUUAUCAUCUACCUCUGCUGAUCCCUGACAAGGUAACAUGAGUCUGAUCCAGUCUGUAUUCCACAGAAUACCCAACAAGUUUGAAUGUCAAAUUAUGGCUAGGGGCGAGUGAGUGAAUGAUCUGUAGACGUUAGUGUGCCUCAGUUACCACUAGGGGGCAGAGAGAAAACGAGAGAGUGACUGCAGUAGUGUCUGGAUGUUCAGUAUAAGGUUGAGCAUUUUAAAAUUGUGUAAAUACUUAGAGUUACGAUCUGUCCAAGUGUUCUGUCUUUAAACGACAGCCCUUUUGACAAAGCAAAGUUAGUUAGUUUGGGCACCUCCCUAUUUUUUCCAGACAGGUUUUAAAAAAUGGGACCCUUUAAUUUGUAGAAAUACACUCCACUGCCAGGUUGUUAGGAUGUCAGUGUAAUGCAGCAAAUUCAAAAGCAAACUACUUCCUCCAAAAUGAAUGUAGUGCUGACUCGACGCAGCCCUACAUCAAUUUAAAUU